CUUCUGUCCCCCGGUCUUGAAGUCAUCCCACCACUCUCACACGACGACGCGACCUCUUAUCCGUGGCCUACAUCGCAGCCUCGAUAAACCCCACUGACGACGCUGUCGCUGGCGCUGGUGCCGUAGCAAAAUGCCCCGCGCGAGCUUCUCCCACAAUCCCCUCCUGAGGGUCUCACGUCCCGUCUCCGCCUGCUCUCGAUGCCGCGCUGCCAAAGUAAAGUGUGAUGGCAAGCUGCCCGCAUGCACAGCUUGUGAGAAGGCUGGCCGCGUGAAUGAGUGCUCUGCGGCAAACGAUCAGUUUGCUCGAGGCAAGGAAAGAAGUUAUGUCGCCGCCCUAGAGCUCCGCAUAGAAAAGCUGGAGAAGCGCCUUCAGUUUGCCAAGUCACGCAAGGCCUCUGUUGCCCUCCAUGACCCGGACACAUCGACAUUCAACCCCCAGAUGGAUAGGAGGGACUCCCUCGCCGCUAUUCGCGCUGCCAUUCAUCGCAAGGCCGCCCGAAAGCGGGAAAACUCCGACGUCAAUUCGCUCGUCUCCGACUUUGGGUUCCUAUCUGUCAACGCAACCACAAGAGACUUUGAGCCUACUGCUAGCAAUAUGACUUUUGCCAGGCUCGUCCUCGCUGCCACCACCAACGAUGCUCUCCCAGAGUCCCCAGAGGCUCGUCUGCCCCCAAGACAGACUGCCCAUUGCAUUGUUCAACAUUACAUGAACACCAUCUACUCAUUAUUCCCAUCCUUCUCAGAAACAGGCCUACUCACCGCCUUGGAUGACCUGUACCAGCAGGAUGAUCGUGUUAUCAAAGAUUCUGAUUGCUGGAUGGUCUACAUGGUGCUUGCCAUUGGUUCCACUACUCAAAGCCGCCAAAAGGGUGAUGAGCACUACGUUAAAGGAUUGGAGUUUGCUUCCAGAGCCAUGAGCUUUGCCGACGGGGCCCUGGCACCCGGAUAUGUCACCCAGAUCCAGUCUCUGCUUCUCCUAACGCAGUACGCGAUGCUGGACCCUGCUCAUUUUGAUAGCUGGCACCUAAUAGGAUUUACGGCUCGGGCUAUUGUUGAUCUCGGCUUCCAUCAGGAUCCACCAAUGUCCUCCGUAUCCGACAAGACAGCACUUGAUAUGCGACGGAAAAUCUUCUAUUGCGUGUAUGCGCUCGAUCGAGCCAUUAGCAUGGUACAUGCUCGAACAUUCUCCUUCACUGACGACACAGUUAAUGUUGCGUUCCCGCAUGCUUCUGGGUUGGGGGGGCGCAAGGUAUCCAAUCCGGGACCUAUCGCUGGACCACAGUCGGCAGACCCAGCUCUGCUCCUCUUCCAGCUUCGGCGUGCGCAGUCUCACUGGUACCAAGAGCUAUACCAGUCGGGAUCGACUCCUCUGCAAGAUCCUAUCUCUUACAUCUGGAACAUGUGUUUGGACAUGCGGGAAUGGGCCGAAUCGCUUCCUCCCACCCUUGCACCAGGAAUUCGACAGUUGUUUGAGCAAGAGCUACGAUAUAGCUACGUCUACUGCAUUGCGCCCUCAGCUAGGGCACCGCAAAUUACGGACUACAACCGCAUACUAAUUUUCGAGCAUUCCAUGGCGUAUCUGGAUACCAUCCACGAGAUUGCUCAUGGGUCGCAAAACCCAGGCUUCUACACGUACCACGAUGUACUGCGGAUAUACUUCAUGGCUAACCAGUUCCUCGCUGUCCUGAGGGAUGCAGAAGAUAUGCUGCUUUCCGGGGUGCCGGUUCCUAUCCCCAUCCCUCGCCCUGGUGCUGCGCCAGCUCCCCCACUCCCAAGACGAUUACAAGCUCAGGGUCUAGCAGGGGAGGAUAACCUUGAUCGUAGUUUGCGAUGCUUGGAUAAGGUUUCACAGACACUGGGAACGUACGGAGAUCGCUGGGAAGAUGCAGCGAUGUGGAGAGAGAGCUUUGGGAGAAUAUCCGAGGAGGUGGUUGAGCGACUGAGCAGGCGAAAGCAGGCGCGAGACGUCGCGAGGGAACAGCACCAGAUGCAAUACCAAAAUGGGGGCAUGCAGCCUCAACAGGCCCCGGUACAGAUGCAUGGCGGACAACAGCCCCAGGAGAUGCGUUGGGUGGGCGUUGACGUUGCACAGAUGAUGCGAGGAGGGCUGCCCCAAUAAAUUCUCCAAGAAACGCGCGGAAGUUGAAGAGGCUUGGCGGAUAUUAGAUGGAGAGAAUAAGACGCCGCAGUUUCACCAUUCCGGGCACAUCUCUCACUGGGAUAACCUCCCUCCGCAACCCAACUGUGCUAAGUGGUCUCCGCCAACGGUCUUUUCGAGAUCCUGUCGAAGUCAACGGAUAUCAACCGAAUGACGCCUGUUGGCGGUUGAC